GGUGGAAUGAAUUAAGAGUAUUACUGCUGACGUUUGUGAAGGAACAAACACGAGAAUGUACAACGCAACACUUGUCCUCAGCAUUGUUUUCUGUUGGAAUGUCAUUGUAUUCGGAGCCACAGUGCCUCACCUGCCCGGUGACAUGUCGGGAGCCAACGGACAGAGCAUAUUCGACUUUGACAAGAACGAAGACGGCGUUGUUAACGGCAUGGAGCUGUACAGCGUGUUGACCUACCUCGACGGUAGACUAGGCUACACACCGAAAGAGGCCAGAGUCAUUCUCCAAUUGGCCGAUACUGAUGGGGAUAACCAACUGGACAUUUCAGAUCUUCUGCAGUUGUCCAUGCUUGUUGAGACAGAAUCACUUCAGCACAAAUGACAAGUUAAAAACAUAUAUCGUAUGUAACUAU